UUCCCUCUCUUUAAAAUUUCUGCCCCAUACAUAAACACUUAUCUCCUGGUAACCCAAGUGUCUACCAAGCAGAACCUGUGUCCUCUAGUACAUGGGUCAGGCAUGCUGCCAUUGUGCCUGGAUAUACCCCCUGCUUCCAUACUAUCUCUUAUCAGGAUCAGUGCCCUUUUUGGAUCUCUCUUUGAGGGACAUCUCACCUCUACUCACAUCUCCCCACUGAUGAAUUUGCAACUUCCAAACAUACCUGAAUCUUGCUCAGUGUGGGUAUGGCUUCUAGUACAAUAAGACUUAGAGUGGGGGGGGGCAGGCGAGACCGGAUCUGGCCAGUGGACCAGAUUCCUGAUUCCACACAGGUCAGCUAUGAUCAUAGCUGUCAACUUUUCUCUUUUCUUGAGAGGAAACCUAUUAAGAAUAAGGGAAUUUCCCUUUAAAAAAGGGAAACGUUGACAGCUAUGACUGUGAUGGGUGGGUGAGACUGCCCACCUCUGCUCAAAGGAGCUUGCCAAAACUACCAGUCUGACUGGCACUGACAGCAAGCCCUGCUAGCUACAGUGCAGCUGAUCCCAGUUGUUGCUACAAGUCCCAUUUGCAAAGGAACAAUUGAGAGCUCGCUUUAAGCACCCAAUAGUUUCCCUGAGGUCUCCCCUUUCCCUGCUCCACACCUGAUAUUAUGUAUGAAUUCUGAUGUGGGGCAGUUGGACAUGGUUUGGGAGAAACAGUUGUGUGGUCAAAAUGGGGGCCUGUAUUAGGCUUCGUGAGGCCUGCAGGCCGGAGGUUCCCCACCUCUGCCUUAAACAGAUGCACAAAGUUAAUGGGGCUACUUGAAAUGGAGAGGAACGUAGAAUGGGAUUGCCUGCUUUUUCCCCUCAGAGGAUUCCUGUGCCGUUAAGAGCAGCCUGAGACACAAUAGUUUAGUCCACAAAUCUCACUUUGGCUUCAUGUUCCCUGAAAGUCCCAUGUGAGGCCUCUCUUCUUCCGAGAGCUGGGGGGUGGGGUGGCAGGUGGGAUCCUGCAACCCCCGGGCCAAAUUUGGCCUCCCUGUUUGCUCUGUGAGGCUGCUUCAGGCAAACCUCCCCACCUGCCCUACACCUGACGUCAUACAGGUAAGGGUGGAGUCUAGCUGAAAGGGACUUUGGUGCCUGCGCAUCACUUCUAAGCCACCACCAACCAGGAAUUGGAUUCCUCACCUCUGGGCUAGGCUAGGAGGAUGGGUGACAUUGGGGUGCUGCACCCCCUGAAACCCAAGUACUGGUGCUGUGUACGCGUGCAGAUUGGGGGUGCCAUAUUCUCUGAGGCAUGUGCCCCGUGUGGAAGGAAGCGUGCCAAUGCCACGUGCCAGCGAAAAGGGCACCGCUAGCUUCUGGCUCCAUGUUUUUGAGGUAAUUAGCCUAAUGGGCCCAUGCUAACAAGUGCGGCUCCUCUCAUUAUCUCGGCCUAGUCGUUGGCUGCCUUUGUGGCUUGUAAGCGGCUGUCCGGUUCCUCAGACGUUCGUGGGUUCAUUACUGGAGAGGGAACGACAAAGGCGGGUGGAUGUCUUGGCUGGUCUCCAAGAAACGGGGUACAAAAGGAUCCUUCCUCUCUUUUCUGAUCCUCUCUGAGGGGUCGGUGGGGAGACGGUUAUUUUUGGCAUUGCCAUUGGAGAGGAUGUGUUUGUGUCACGUAUCAUGGGAGCAAGUGAGGUACCUGGGGCCUACGUAGAAAACGGCCCUAUAAAUUGACCGCUUCCUCCAGCUUUUCCUUACAGCAUCACCCCUGGAAGGUCAUGACACAAGCCAACUUGUUGCUUUGAAGACAACCAAGAUUAUGGAGAGCCGGAAGAUUAAGGUCCAGAGAGCCACCUUGCUGCUCCUCUUCUCCUUGCUCUGCUCCACCGCCAUGACCAAGCAAGCCGUGCCAGACUGCUGCCGUCAAAAGAGCUGCUCGUGCCAGCUCUUUGAGCUGCUGCAUGGCACGGGCAACCACGCCGCCGGCAUCCUCACCCUUGGCAAACGGAGCAGCGCCACAGCCACCACCAAGGCCUUCCAGAGCCGGCUCUAUCAACUCCUGCACAGUUCAGAGAACCAGGCCGCUGGGAUCCUCACCAUGGGCAAACGAGCAAGUGGAUUGGGGCUGGGAAACACAGAGGAUGUGCCUGGCAGCAACCGAGUAACACCAGCGCCAUACUCUGCAGGGCCUGAUCCAGCCAUGGGCUGCCUAGCACCCCUUGAGAGGGACUUGCCACCUGGCCCAAAGAUGGGUGCUUCAGAUACCAUUUACUAAGGCUGUGAAUAUGUCUCAGCAGAGGGGUGAAAUUGCAAGAAGCCACCUGAGCACCUUCUGCUUUCUAUCAUCGCCGCUGUCAUCUGUCCUUUAAUGCCAGGCAGCUGCUAGGUGCUGUCCCGGAGGUGGCAGUGACACGGUCCUUCCCCUUGUGUAAAUAGCUCUUUUCAAACUUCUGUCAACCUCACGCUCCUCUUGUGUUCUUUUCCAAAUAAAGCCAGCUAUCAUAUUCA